AUGAAAUACGGACAACGAAUUGGUGGUCUCCUCUUUAUUCCAGCUCUUCUUGGAGAAGUCUUCUGGACUGCCGCAAUUCUGUCAGCUCUCGGAGCAACACUUUCAGUUAUUCUGGCCAUAGAUAUGACAUUGUCAGUUAUAAUAUCAGCAUUUAUUGCCGUAUUUUAUACCUUUACUGGCGGUCUGUAUGCUGUGGCUUAUACAGAUGUCGUACAGCUAUUUUGCAUAUUCGUCGGUCUGUGGGUGUGUGUGCCAGCAGCGCUACUGCAAGACAAAACGAAGGAUAUAUCGAGAAAUGCAGCGGACUGGAUUGGUACCAUUGGCGGUUUCAAAGAGACGACACUUUGGAUCGACUGUAUGCUACUGCUUGUGUUUGGUGGCAUCCCAUGGCAGGUAUACUUUCAAAGAGUUUUGUCAUCCAAGUCAUCAUCGGGUGCGCAAAAAUUGUCAUUCGUUGCUGGCAUUGGCUGCAUUGUAAUGGCCAUACCACCUGCACUGAUCGGCGCCAUUGCUCGAAAUACAGGUGGCUAUUUCAUUAUCACUUACCAACUGAAUCCCAAACUCUCCCCAUCUUCCUCGGCGAAGAAUGGAGGCACAUGUCUGAGACCAUCAGUAAUGCUUGCUGGCAAAGGUUCUCCUUUUUUAUCCCCAAGAAUUGUCUGCGAGGGAAGCUGCAGAGAUUUUUAA